AUGGUAGCAUCAGGAACUGAUAGUGAUGUGGGGACUGUCACUGACUCUCAGAGAAAGAUCAUUGAGACUGUACCAAAACCCAGAGAGAUAUUGUUGGUUAAAGCUGGACCAGGAAGUGGGAAAACAUUAACCAUGGCUAGAAGAAUAGUUCAUCUAGUGGAACAACACAACAUAAAGCCAGAGGAAAUACUAGUACUUUCGAUGACUAAUAGAGCUGUGGGGAUGUUGAAAUCGACGUUGUGUUCAAUUUCACAUGAAGAAUCUGCCAAUCAAAUCAACAUUAGUACUUUCCAUUCAUUUUGCUCCCGUUUACUUGAAGAGUAUGGACCACCAUAUGAUGAUGCAUAUACAAAGAUACGUUUAUUGGAUGAUAUGAGUUGGAGAAGCUUUUCAACCAUAUUUCUGGCCAAAUCGAUUUCAUUAGGUGGGGCAACAAUUAAUGGUAAUUUAACUGCUGCUAAGUUAGAUAAACUAUUAUCAUCUAUUAAAGUUGGUGAAUUAACAAUCACAGAAGCAGCUCAAAAAUCAAAUGUCAGUGAAGAGUAUUUAAAAGAGUUGAUUCAUUAUUUGGAUAGAAAUGGAAUGAAAAGAUAUUCAGAUUUUAUUACAGAUGCAAUAAAAUUGAUGAAUACUUCGUUAAAAGGUGAUUCCUCAAAAUGGAUUCAUGAAUUAGCAAAUUACAAAAUAAUCAUUGUUGAUGAAUUCCAAGAUAUGCAUAAUCUGUUACUUAAGAUUGUUAAGAGAGUCGUUUCAUACCCUUGCUAUGAUGGAACUACUAAACACUUAACAAUCGCUGGAGAUCCAAACCAGUGUAUCUAUGAAUUUCUAGGUUCAAACCCAGACUUAUUUAAUGAUAUACAUAAAGAGUUUCCCGAUUUUUCUCUAAACGAACAACAUAUACAUGAAACAUUUCGUCUCACUCCUGAAGUUCUUAAAGUGUCGGCAGAAGUCAUUUUAAAACCAAAUGGCUUGCUUACUGAAAUCCAUAAAGAAAUCAAAUCCGUUAAACCUGACGGUGGCAAACCGGUAUUAUACGCUCGUGAUACACCACUAGAAGAAUAUGAUUUCAUAGCUAGUGAAAUUUCACGACUUAUAUUGCAACUGGGUGGUUUAUUUCUGUUUUCUGACUUCACGAUUCUUUUACGUAGUAAUAAAGAAGUCAAUGAUGUUGCUGAUCAUCUAAAUGAAUAUUAUGGUAUCAAAUGCAAUAAAUUAGGCCAAUCAACCAACUGGGUAACUUCAAAAGUUCAUCUAUUCCUUGACAUUUUGAACUUAAUAAGUGAAAAGUAUGGCUCUGAGUUUUGCUUAAUGUGUAUUCUAAUGAUUAUGGAUGAUAAACCUAUGGCUAAAGGGAGAAUCUCCAAAUUGUUUAAUGCGUUGCAAACAAUUGACAAUUCUGAACCAAAGUAUUUAAUGAAUUACAUUUUACAGGACUUAAAAGACCCGAAAGAAAAGAAUAAAGGUAGUGAUAGUAAUGGAAUAUUCUCGUCAAUUUAUAAAUUACCAGAUCAUUCAUUAACAACUUCUUAUUUGACUAAAUUCUUAGAGGGGAUAUCUAAAGAGAGAGAAUUAUUGUCACACAAUCAAAAUCCACAAUUAAUUAUGGAAUCAUUACUUAGGAUUGUUAGCUCGGGGAAUUUAUUAGAACAUUUGAAUACUCCAACGAGUUAUUCAUUAUCCCCAUCCAAAUCGUCAAAAAUUGACAUGAUAGAAAACCAUAGAAGUAAUCUUGACAUCAAUAUCUCAUCUUUCUACAACUCAUUGAUUUCCUCUCAUAAAACGUAUCUUGCAGGAAAUACUGAGAAAGAUUUUAUAUCACACUUUUUGAGAACUUACAGUGAAGAUGUUCCGGUUUUCAGACUGGAUAUGGUCAAUGUAUCAACUGUACAUACGGCAAAGGGUUUAGAGUUUCCGGUGGUAUUUAUCCCAGGGUCAAAUAAUCAUUAUAUAGCUGAUUGGUCAAGCUUAUUUCAGGAUGAUAACAUAAAGAUCGAUCCAGUAAAAGCUCGAUUAUUUUAUGUUGCUUGCACCAGAACCAAGCACUUCCUAUAUGUUGGUUCAAGAGAUCGUUUAAAAUCUUUAUCAAGUUCUAUGAAUGAAUUUUUCACAGAGCUGUUGCCAGACUUAACGCUGCCCGACUCUCAUCAUAAGAGCAUUUUGUCCAAUUUGUCUUUAGAGUUGGAUCGAAAACUUCCUAGCACACAAAAGAUUUCCUUGGGAACUUCACUUUAUUCCAAAUUUUACCAGAAUAGCAAAGUAGUUCCAAAUACUACCCAGGUUGCUUUUGCACGAGAACUUCACAUUAACAGACAGUUGGUUUGUUCAGGUGCUAUGCUAUUGCAUUCAGGAAGAAAAUUAUUUCAUCAUGUUACAAAAUUGUAA